CGCUAGCUCGGUGCUACGGCCCCGAUGCGAGAACGCGCCAAAUUCGGCCGUUUGCCAUCUCUUUUACAGUCCAGGAGAGCCACUGUCUUGCUGCGACACGCUGCGCUAGGUUGCUGCAGUGACAGCCCUCGCACACUGAGCAGUGCUGCACUCCGCAGCUCAAUCACAGCCAUGCGCCGCCGCCGCAUCAUCGCAGUCGCACUGCUCGCCACGAGCGUAGCGCCCCUCGCGCCGCCGGCGAAACGACGCCUCAAUUUCAUCAACCUCACCAAUGGCAUCGAGGCGCUGCCCGUGCUGGACCACGCCACGAACAUCUGUAGAAUCCAAUCAUCCAGAUGUGAAGCGAACGAUUUUUAUGGCGUCCUGCAGGACCUGGACCACAACUUAUUGUUUCAUUUGGCGACGGGCGCCGAGUGCCGCAUCUAUGACUACGGUUCGCGCGGGACGCGGUGGCCCGGCGAAACGGAGCAAAAAAUACCAAGAGCGAUCUGGUGGGGCUUGGUGUGGGUCCGUUAUGCGCUGGAGGACGUGUGGAAGAUACCUCAUGAUGAUACACCUACUUUACGAGGCUACAACGUCGAGACUUUAUUUAGGGAGAAACUGGGACGGUUACCUAAACCCAUCUACAAAAAACUAAAGUACUACCGCAAGUUCUCUCCAGCAAAAGUGGAUCUGGUGGGCUGCUACUUCGUCGAGGGUACCGUGAACGACGGCCGCGACGACGUUUAUGCCGAGAUUGUGGACGAGUGGCUCGCGGGCGCGCCUUCUGCAAGCGAGGCGCUCCCGCCGGGCUUCAACAUGUAUCGGGCGGCGGACUGGGCGGGCGUCGGGCGCGGGAGCUGCGCGCCGAAGGUAACGUAG